AAUAGAAACGAACUCCUCACGGAUAAAAAGAAUACAAACUACAACUAACUAACUCUUCAAACCAAGCCUGAAAAUGGCUCCUUAUUCAUUUAUUUCCACAAUUUUCCUUUCCAAUCCUGCUCCAUUUUCUUGCUCUCCAAACAGGCUACCACCACCAGUUAACACUUCUUUUUAUCUCUCCAAAUCCUUUUCUCUUUACAACAAAAAUCGCACCAAAUCUUCUUUCAUUUUCAACAGCUCCCUCUCUAACUCUAACUCUACUUCCACUUACUCUAAACUCCUGUUUAGCGAAAAGUCCUUUCUCUCUUCAUCUCUAGAGUCCUUCUUUAUCUCCUGUACUUCUGUUGUUUUGUCCUUUUCGCUUCUCCUUACCAACGUCGAUUCUGCCUCGGCUUUCGUCGUCACUCCGCCUCGUAAACUUCAGACCGAUGAGCUUGCCACUGUUCGUCUCUUCCAAGAGAAUACUCCUUCUGUUGUUUAUAUUACCAACCUCGCUGCAAGGCAGGAUGUCUUUACGUUGGAUGUGUUGGAGGUCCCACAAGGAUCUGGAUCGGGUUUUGUUUGGGAUAAAGAUGGUCACAUUGUGACCAAUUAUCAUGUGAUUCGUGGCGCUUCUGAUCUCAAGGUCACUCUCGCUGAUCAGUCAACUUAUGAUGCACAAGUUGUUGGAUUUGAUCAAGACAAAGAUGUUGCUGUCUUGCGUAUUGAGGCACCCAAAGACAAACUAAGACCAAUACCUAUUGGUGUCUCUGCAGACUUGCUUGUUGGUCAGAAAGUAUAUGCUAUUGGCAACCCUUUUGGACUUGACCACACCCUAACAACUGGCGUGAUCAGUGGGCUUCGCCGAGAAAUUAGUUCUGCUGCUACUGGCCGUCCCAUUCAGGAUGUUAUACAGACAGACGCUGCCAUUAACCCUGGUAAUAGUGGAGGCCCACUCCUUGAUAGUUCAGGAAGCCUUAUUGGAAUAAAUACAGCUAUUUAUUCUCCAUCUGGUGCAUCCUCUGGCGUUGGAUUUUCUAUUCCUGUUGACACCGUGAAUGGCAUUGUUGACCAGCUAGUGAAGUAUGGGAGGAUAACAAGACCUAUUUUAGGGAUUAAGUUUGCACCUGAUCAGUCCGUGGAGCAGUUAGGCGUAAGUGGGGUGCUUGUCUUAGAUGCUCCAGCAAAUGGUCCAGCUGGGAAAGCGGGUCUACUACCAACCAAACGCGAUGCCUAUGGUAGACUCAUAUUGGGUGACAUCAUAACAUCUGUGAAUGGAAAAAAGAUCACAAAUGGCAGUGACUUAUACAGAAUUCUUGACCAAUGUAAAGUAGGUGAUAAGGUGACUGUAGAGGUGUUGCGUGGCGAUCAUAUGGAGAAGAUUCCUGUAACGCUUGAACCAAAGCCUGAUGAGUCUUAGUAUGUAGAGGUGUUGUGCAUGUCUGAUAAGAUGCCAUUAUUUUUGUGCUACUCCUUAUAUAAGGGUCUUGUACAUAUCUCAGAAACUGUAUCAUCUUUCAUAUUCAAGUUUCUACUACAUCGACCAAUCAAAAUUGUGUGUAACAUUCUCGGCUUCCGGAAUAUGACUAGGGCUUAAAUUUCAUCUGCCA